AAAUCCUUCGAACCUAGUGUGAUCACUGACGAUGCAGUUGAAUAUUUUGGCUUAAUUUUUUAUUUUUGUAACAUAUAUUUAUGUUAAAGCUAAUUUUAUAAAAACGAAUUUUGGAAAUGUUCCGAGUCAUUUGCAAACCAUAAACGGUCGAGUUAAAGUAAUAUUUUCUUUCUUUACCUACUACGACCGUAUAAAAUAUUAUAAACAGUAGAAAACGGUAUCCAUUAUCGAUCAAAACGCAUGCAACGUUUGCAGGAGAAAUAAUAUGACUUGUAUUCAACUUUUAUUUGAACAAAAAAAAAGUAUUCAACUUUUAUUAUAAAUAAACAUUAUUCUCGAUGACACUAUACAAUAUACAGUCUCUCUCUCCAAUCUCGUUUUUGUAUAGUAUAAAUAUAUAUACAACCUUCCUUUUAGGACAGAACCCACCGAAAGCUCCAAACACAACAAAAACAAGAAAGCUGCAGAGAAGCAAACAACAACAAAAAUGCAGCCAGAGAUUUCAGAUCAAAUAUUAUAUUCUUUCCUCACCGGGGGAUCCUGUGCCUCGUCCACCACCACUACCAGAAGGUCGUCCUUUUUCCCUUGUGCCAUGGAAGACACAAGCUCUCAAGACAAAGCUCUUGCUACUAAUCUGAGGAAACAUAGAGAAAGUGAGCGAAGAAGAAGAGAAAGAAUCAACUAUAAUCUUAACAAGUUCCGGAACUUAAUCUCUUGUGACUCCAAGACCGACAAAGCCACACUACUAGCCAAAGUGGUCCAACGAGUCAAUGAACUAAAACAACAAACCCUAGAUAUCUCCAAAGAGACCGUACCGUCCGAGACAGACGAAAUCAGUGUACUCAACUUCGAAGACUGUUCCAACGAAGAUGGUCGGAUAAUCUUCAAAGUAUCGUUCUGCUGCGAGGACAGGCCAGAUCUCAUGAAAGAUCUCGUGGAGACACUUAGAUCUCUUCGGAUGGAAACUGUCUAUGCCUAUAUGACAACAAUCGGUGGUCGGACAAGAAAUGAUCUCGUUGUGGUCGGCAACAAAGAGCAGCACAGUGUCGAGUCCGUGACAUUACUACAGAACGCACUUAAGUCGUUGCUCGAACGGUCAAACCAGUCGGUGAUGAUGGGACAUGGUGGUGGGGAAGAAAGGUCCAAAAGACGUCGUCCUGUUGAUCACAUCAUACGGGUGUGAUCUGAUGAGACAUGAGCACUAUAUAAAAUAGUUUUGUUAUAGUCAGUAUAACAUUUAUCUUUUAUUAGAUAAACAACGUGGUUAUUAUUGACGAACCCUUUCGUGUUUUUUCUAAAAGGGCAUAUCGUGUUUAUUUUUUCCACGAAGAGAAAAUACUCUAUAUGGUUUUUGAGUUA